UAUAUUUAUGGUGACCAAGAGAAACAUUAACGUUUACAAUUUAGUAUUCCAUGCAAACAAAUAAUUUUAUCAAUUAUUUUUAGUUUAAAUUUCUUUCUAUAAUAUUCAGUAUCGUUUUAGAGAGUCUUUUGUUUUAGAAAUUUUCUUUUUAUAACAAAGAAGAGAAAAUAAGUAAAAAAGGGGAAAAAGUGACGAAAUCGAGGGAGUUUAAUUCCAGUCGUGUAGUGAUUUAUUGUAAAUGUGAGGCCAACGAGUGUAAUAAAGUGACGCAUUCUGCCAGCAGCUAACCAAUUUUGAUUCAUUAAUAGGUCGACCCGUAUGACCCAACGUGUCAGAGUCAACUAAACGAAUUAAUUUACUCACGUUCUUACUUAGAUCGAAUGCGCAAUAUGUGUCUUUCGCUACAAAAACAAAAUUCCAAUUGUUGUCAAGGGUGACUACUUCUAUUUGUGAAAAGUACUGUAUCUCGUAUCAGUCGUAUUCUGUGUUGAUGUGUCAUUGUAAAUCAACGACAAAAUUAUCUUAAAAAUUUUCUUGAAAUGUAGAUGUUGAUUAAUUUUUGUUCAUUAAAAAGUUUCAUGAGAUGAAGAUGCAGUGGUUCGCCAUAAUGAUGUGCUUGUAUGCAGGAGUAGCAAGUGCGCGGACAGAAGAAGACCAACAAACAUCCUCAUCAAGUACAAUAACAGGAAUGUCUGGAGGAGCAUUAGAACAAUGCUUUUAUCGCCAAUCUAACGAAUGUCCUAAUGUUGAAACAACUGGAUGUUCUUGUACAAAAAUUGUUCUCGCCCACAAUAAUCCUGAAGGCACUGCUGUGUUUUGUUGCAACUUGGAUAUUAGAAAUCUUGCUACCGAGCUAUCUUGUGCAGGAUUUCCAUCAAACGUAUCCUACGUACAUAUAAGAAAUCUGACAUUAGAUGUAUUCAAUGUAAGUGAAAUUAGAUGGAGAAGAUUGAAAUCGCUUGCUGUAACAGAUGGAAAAAUAAACCGUGUGAAAGGACAGUUUCGAAUGAUGACGCCAACACUGUGUUUGAAUCUAUCUAAUAAUGGUCUUAUAGAAGUAGAAAAUAAUUCGCUUACACGUUUAGUACAACUUACCACUUUGGAUUUAUCUUACAAUAAUCUUAAACAUUUACCAGCACUAAAUACAAUGAAUGGCCGUGAAUUCUGGCUGGAUAUUUCAGGAACAAAUACACUUUGGUGUCACGAUAUCUACCAAUACAUUAAUAAAACAGGAGAAAAACAGAUUAAUUUUAAUCGUGAAAACGAAACUGUAUGUUCAGCUAGUAAAACAUGGCAUUGGUUCAAUACCACCGAGCAAGUUCCUCUGAAACAAGUUCGAUAUCUUAGUUUGUUACAAACAGAAUGCCCAAAAGGAGAUACUUGGCAGUGCCAAUGCAAUUUCAGAAGAUUGGAUAUUGUCGAAGGUAAACCACCGACUUUAGCGGUAAAUGUGGAUUGUAGUGGUAUUCAAAUUACCGAAUUACCUGAAAAAUUACCUCGCAAUACUAUAGCCUUGAAUGUAUCGUACAACAACAUUACAGCAUUAGAUGAUCUAAGCACUAAUCCAUGUUACGAAGAUAUAAGAGAUUUUUAUGCAGACUAUAACAAUAUAUCAUCUAUAAAUAAACUGGAAGGUUCUAAGUUUUUAGACAAUUAUGCUUUCCUCAGUCUACGGUAUAAUAAAAUCAAAUCCCUUCCAACAUACAUUUUGAGUCCUAACACUUAUGAUAAAAGUUUUACCAGUUCGCGUUUGGUGAAACUUGGAGGAAAUGAAUUACAUUGUGAUUGUAAUACUGCUAAAAAUGUAAAGGUAUGGUUACAAACUCGCAUAUUAGAUUCGGAUGAAGUAUUAUGUGAAAAUGUUAAAGAAAAGGUUGUUGAUUUAGAACCUUCAAAAAUGUGUGUAUACCCAGGUGAUUGGACAGAUUAUAUUUACUACAUUAUCGCUACAGAGGUAGUUCUCUUAAUAAGUUUGAUAGCAAAAGUAUCUUAUGAUUAUUGGGUUUUUAAAACAGCCGGUUAUCUUCCAUGGCCAGCAAACAAAAUGCCGAAAUUACCUUGUGAUUGGCUUUGCGAAACUUGAAAUUUUUCACAUAUAAUAUGUUUCUAUUUGGUCUUUCAAUAUAUUUCGAUGAAACAGACUUUAAUACUAUUUCUACGAAUUUAUAUGAAUUUAUAAAAUUCAUUUCAUCGAAUUCGUUUUGAAGGCUUUUAUAACAACAUUUAAAUGAGACUGGAUUUGACUAGACGAUUAUAUAUAUUUAACUGAAGAAAAAGCUACACCAGUAAACAGAAUUGACAAUCAGUAUGACUUAAAUAUUCUGAAUAAUUCCAUGCUUUCUUAAACGCACACACGUAUGCGUGCAUUUGUAUGCAUAUAAAAGCACAGAAAAAGUUUACCAUGUUCGAAUUCAGAAAAAAAAAGUUACCUUACAUAAAUUCAUGUAAUUUAUGUACACCACCGAUUCAUCAUAUACAUUUACAUAGUUAUACUU